GGAGAAUUGGCAAAGCAUGGAGGGCAGAGACGAAAUGUUGACCUCUGUUCCUCAUUCCUACCUCGGAGCCCACCAGCGGCCUGGAGAAGGCACUUCGGAGGAACAGAGUCCUGCUGAGAUCUCUGAGCUGGUUGCAUGGAGACCAGGGUUCUAGUUCUAGUUCUGCCACUCUUUCAGGGACUCUAGCGAUCCAGUGAACCUUUCUGGUCCCCCAGUCCUCUUCUCUAUAAAAAUGAGAAGGAGCAGCUCUGACACCUUGGGGCUCUCUGAGCUGAAACUAUUGCUCAUGGCCACCUGACUUCUGCAUGGAUGCAAGCUUCAAACAGAAAGUCAGUGUUUCAGAAUGACUUCUUGUGGUGACUCAGGCACCUGCUAGUGAAGGAGGGAUGUCGUCUGUGCUGCAAGACCGGCUGUGCACCGAUCAGUAUCUGCUAAUGAUGCAGGAAGGCAUGACGAUGCGCAAGGUGAGGUCCAAAAGCUGGAAGAAGCUAAGACACUUCAAACUCCAGAAUGAUGGCAUGACAGUCUGGCACACACGGCAGUGUGGUGGCAACGCUAAGCCCAGCUUCUCCAUCUCGGAUGUGGAGACGGUGCGCAAGGGCCAUGACUCAGAACUGCUACGCAGCCUGGCAGAGGACUACCCGCUGGAGCAAGGCUUCACCAUUGUCUUCCGUGGCCGCCGCUCCAACCUGGACAUGGUGGCCAGCAGUCCAGAGGAGGCCCAGGUCUGGAUACAAGGGCUGCAGCUGUUGGUGGACAUCAUCACCAGCAUGGACCAACAGGAGCGCCUUGAUCAAUGGCUGAAUGACUGGUUCCAGCGUGGAGACAAAAACCAGGAUGGUAGAAUGACUUUCCAAGAAGUCCAACGCUUGCUGCACCUGAUGAAUGUGGAAAUGGACCAAGAAUAUGCCCUCAGUCUUUUUGAGGCAGCAGACACAUCCCGCUCUGGGACCCUGGAAGGAGAAGAAUUUGUAGAGUUUUAUAAAGCAUUGACUAAACGUUCUGAAGUGCAGGAACUGUUUGAAAACUUUUCAGCUGAUGGGCAGAAGCUGACGCUGCUGGAAUUUGUGGAUUUCCUCCGGGAGGACCAGAAAGAAAGAGACCAUGCCACUGACCUUGCCCUGAAACUCAUCGACCGCUAUGAGCCUUCAGACAGUGGCAAACUGAGGCAUGUGCUGAGCAUGGAUGGCUUCCUCAGCUACCUCUGCUCAAGGGACGGAGACAUCUUCAACCCGGACUACCUCCCCAUCUACCAGGACAUGACCCAACCCCUGAGCCACUACUUCAUCCACUCCUCUCACAACACCUACCUAGUCAAAGACCAGCUCUGCGGCCAGAGUAGCGUCGAGGGAUAUAUAUGGGCCCUGAAGCGGGGAUGCCGCUGUGUGGAGGUUGAUGUCUGGGAUGGACCUAAUGGAGAGCCCAUUGUUUACCAUGGCCACACCCUUACCUCCCGCAUUCUAUUCAAAGACGUCUUGACCACUGUGGCACAGUAUGCCUUCCAGGCUUCGGACUACCCAGUCAUCUUGUCCCUGGAGAACCACUGCAGCUGGGAACAGCAGCACACCAUGGCGCGCCACCUCACUGAGAUCCUGGGUGAGCACCUGCUCAGCGCCACGCUGGACCCCAUGCUGUCCACAGAGCUGCCAUCGCCCGAGGAGCUUCGAAGGAAAAUCCUGGUGAAGGGGAAAAAGUUAACACUGGAGGUGGAGAUGGAGGACAAGGAAGAGGAGUUAGAGAGUGAGCUGGGGACAGAGGCGGAGCUGGAGCCCAAGUACCACUCAGAGACUGAGCUGCAUCCCAGAAAGAACAAGAAGGGGAAGGUUGCGCUGUGUCCACCGUUUUGGCCGCCUAUCUGUUGUCAGAGUGUGGCCCAGACUGUUACCCAUCCUGUGCCCCUUCCCAGUGUCAGCGCAGGUGACCAGAGAUCCAAGCCCAUCCUGUGUCCGGAUCUCUCUGCCCUGGUGAUCUACCUGCAGUCUGUCUCAUUCCACAGCUUCACGCACUCAAGGGAGAACUACCACUUCUACGAGAUGUCGUCCUUCUCGGAGACCAAGGCCAAGAACCUGGUCAAGGAGGCUGGAAAUGAGUUUGUACAGCACAACGCCACGCAUUUAAGCCGGGUGUACCCCAGCGGCCUGAGAACAGACUCUUCCAACUAUAAUCCCCAGGAACUCUGGAAUGCUGGCUGUCAGAUGGUGGCUAUGAACAUGCAGACCGCAGGGCUGGAAAUGGAUAUCUGUGACGGGCUCUUCCAGCAGAAUGGUGCCUGCGGCUACGUGCUAAAGCCCCAGUUCCUGUGUGAUCCGCAGAGCUCCUUCCACCCGGAGAAGCCCCUCAGCCCUUUCAAGGCCCAGAUGCUCCUGGUCCAGGUUUCAAUCCGUAUUGGGGGCAGACGCUGUGCUUCAGGAUCCUGGUGCCUGAACUUGCCAUGGUGCGUUUUGUGGUCAAGGAUUACAACUGGAAAUCCCGGCAUGACUUUAUUGGUCAGUACACCCUACCUUGGAGCUGUAUGCAGCAAGGCUACCGCCACAUCCACCUGCUCUCCAAGGACGGCACUAGUAUUCGCCCAGCUUCCAUCUUUGUGUAUAUCUGUAUCCGGGAAGACCUGGAAUCCUGAGCGGGCUACUUCGUGGCCAGGGUGGGUGCACUAGCUUUAGGUGGUGACCCAGACCUGCAAGGAAGCUCGUGAGACUAAAGAGAGGCGAUGAACACCCUUGUCCUUCCUAACAAGCAAAUCUAGGAUGCCAUGUUUCACCAUCUUGCUUUUCCCUUCCCUUGUUUUUACAAGCCUUUGGCCUCUCCCCUUUCUGCGUGCUCUACCCUAAUUCCCUCCUUCCUCUUGCCAUAGGCUCAGACCCACACCCAGAUCUACGGCAAGUAUUCGGUGCAAAGUCAGACUGCAGCU